UUUUGAAAGUAAAAAUAAUGGAUAUGGAUCCCUGGGUAGCAAGUAUGUAGGGUUGAGGUUCAAUAUUGUCCCCCAGACAUCUGCCAAAAACUAUCUCUUAGACUAGGCAACAGCGAAAGCUGAUUGAACUGGCUCUUUCAUAUGUCGAUCAAACUUUUGAUCUGCUCUGGGGGUUGAGCAACGGAAAUCUUCGCGUCAACUCGUCCGUCUUGACCCGAAAUAUUCCAGGCGACUCCGUACUCCGUACACGAGGCCGAUUUCAGUCCUAGGAAUAGGGUUGGGGCAUCUGUAGGUGCCACUGCUUACCGUUCCUUCGAGCGGCUGCUUGUUGUAACUGGUGGGAGAGAGAGAAAAGUUGAGCCUCUGGGCCAGGAUAAGAGGUCUCUCGUCCACGUAUCUUAUUGACUUUUCUCUGGCUCUGGACUCUUCCAUCGCGAUUGCCAGUGAGUGAUAAUGAGCAGUUUGGUCUAUACGGAGGAACUAUCGGAGGAGUACCGUAGCGACGGCGUAAUGAAAUUCCCGAUAAGCAGGAAUUAGUAAUUGGUAGAAUGGAUGAGUCCGCAUCGGAGCCAAGGCGCAAUUUUUGCCGAUUCGUGAAUCACAGUUCUCCGUAACCAACUUCUCGGGCUCAAUCCAGCCCUACGAAAGCCAUCACCGAAUCAUCACUCCAUCCGGCUUCAUUGGACUCCUCGUUGGAAAGCUGAGAAUGUAGCCAAGAGUCUAGUUAGCGGGCUGGAACCUGACAAGUAAUCCUCCACGUCAUUAUUAGACUGCUUCUUUACUUCCGCCAAAGUGACAAUUGACGUCGAACGGACGAAUUCGUCCGGUGGUCUUUCUCAUCAUGACUCCUCCAGCAAGAUGUCGGGUUUCCGAAUGGAGUCGACGGAGAACUGCUUCGAUGGCUUCUCAAUAUAUAAGAGCGGCUGUUACGUCGCUUCAUCGUCCAUCAUCACCGAGUAAGGAGCCGGCAACGGAAACUAUUUCAAGCCCUUUUCUCAAGAGCUCCUCGAAAAGGAAAACCCAUCUUUUCAGUUUUUUCCCACAAAAGUUAUCGUUUCUCUUUAUAACAUCAUGGGUCUGAGCAUAGCGGACUCGGUGACCCCAAGGCCCAGUACCUCAUCUGGCACCACGGUGCAAGGCGACUCGGAUCCAAUAUCGCUCAAAUCGGGGAAAGCCACUCAGCAAUCUCGGGAUUUUCCCGGCGCUCCAGAAGAAGAGGGGAGUACCGAAGAUGCGGCGGAUGAUGGAAUGGAAUACCCAGGCCCCCUGGCCACGUUCUUUAUCGUCAUUGCCCUGAUUCUAGCGGUCUUUCUAAUGGCACUGGAUAUGACGAUCGUUGCCACUGCAAUCCCAAAGAUCACCGACCAGUUUAAGUCGCUGGACCAGGUUGGCUGGUACGGCUCUGCAUUCUUCCUCACGAUCGCUUCCUUCCAGUCCACAUGGGGUAAAGGGUACAAAUACUUCCCCCUAAAGUCGGUGUUUAUGCUUUCGAUUUUCGUUUUUGAAUUGGGGUCCUUGGUAUGCGCCGUCGCUAAUAAUAGCACGACCUUGAUCGUUGGACGAGCCAUUGCUGGUGCUGGUGCUUCUGGACUGGCGAGUGGCGCGUACACUAUCAUCGCCUUUGCUGCACCCCCCAAUCGACGGCCUGCAUAUACCGGUAUCCUUGGAGCAACCUACGGCAUUGCUAGUGUCAUUGGCCCUCUCUUGGGAGGUGUUUUUACCGACAAAGUAUCAUGGCGCUGGUGUUUCUAUAUCAACCUUCCUAUUGGUGCUGUCAGUAUUGUGAUUUUGAUACUGGUCUUCGAGGCACCGCCCGCCGCUGCACCGGCUAAAGCGACAUUGCGAGAAAAGCUUCUCCAAAUGGAUCUAGUGGGGACGUCGAUCAUCAUGUGUGCCGUGGUGAGCUUCCUGCUGGCUUUGCAGUGGGGUGGAGUCACGAAGCAAUGGUCCGAUGCCAAGGUGAUUGGCACGCUGGUGGUUUUCGGUAUGCUGGUCAUCCUAUUCGUGAUCAACGAGUGGUGGAUGGACGAAAGAGCUCUCCUUCAGCCAAGAUUGUUGAAGAACCGCGACAUUCUUGUUUCACUGCUCUACGUCUUCUUCUUUGCGGGACCCUUCUUCGUUUUGGUCUAUUACCUGCCGAUCUAUUUCCAGUCGAUUAAGCACGUUUCCGCAGCCCAGUCCGGGAUCCGCAACCUUCCGUUCAUUUUAGCAACCAGCAUAUGCUCAAUUAUUUCUGGCGGACUGAUCACUGUCUUUGGACAAUACUCUUAUCUCAUGAUCGCCGGAUCCGGCAUUGCUACAAUCGGCAGUGGGUUAAUCUACAUGUUCGACAUGGACACGCCAACCGGGAAAUGGAUCGGAUAUCAAAUCUUCGUGGGGAUCGGUGCGGGCCUUGCCAUCCAGGUACCUGUUAUCGUCAAUCAGGCGCUCGUCGCCUCUUCAGAUCUGGCCAGUGUCACUGCGAUCACAAUGUUCUUACAGACCAUGGGCGGUGCCAUUUGGGUGUCGGCCGGACAAGCCGGUUGGGUGAACAAACUCCUCCAGAAACUCCCUCAAGUUGCACCUAACGUAAGACCCGAUUUAGUGGUUGCCACUGGUGCUGCUGAACUUCACAAAGUCUUUGGAUCGGAGGAUCUUAAUGGCGUGUUGAUUGCCUAUAUGGAUGGAUUGAAGGUUGUGUUUAUUAUCUGCGUGGCGACCGCUGGUGUGAGCUUCACCAUUUCCUUGUUUGCCAGGCCCAGAAACAUCAAGGGGAAGGCAACAAUGGGAAGUGUGGCCUAAAGAGGCCAUUAACUGCACGUUUUGGGCUGGUGUUUAAAAUUAGCGGUAAGGAGUAUAUGAGAGACUCUACGGAGUACUGAUGUUUAUGAUGCAUUUCUGACUGUACAUAUUUUAUCCAUUGGAGUAACCCUUAGUUAGAGCGAGCGAAUAGAAUAGAGAGCUGCAGGUGGGAUUCUAUUGGAACCUUCGGUACGGAGUACCUAUCUUCAG